AAUGUUACACAGCAAAUGGGGCUGACUAUCGUGGCACACAGAACCAGACCUCCCAGUAUGCAGGGAAACCUUGUCUAUUUUGGAAUGAGACAUUUGAGCAUCCUUAUAAUACUCUGAAAUAUCCCAAUGGGGAGGGAGGGCUUGGAGAGCAUAACUACUGCAGGAACCCUGAUGGAGAUGUCAGCCCAUGGUGCUACAUUGCAGAGCACGAGGAUGGGAUAUAUUGGAAAUACUGUGAGAUUCCAUCCUGCCGAAUGCCGGGGAACCUGGGGUGUUACAAGGACCAUGGAGAGCCACCACCUUUGACUGGCACCAGCGAGACCUCCAAUAAACUGACUAUCCAAACAUGCAUCAGUUCCUGCCGAAGUCAACAGUUCAAGUUUGCAGGCAUGGAAUCAGGUUAUGCUUGUUUCUGUGGAAAUAAUCCUGACUACUGGAGAUACGGGGAGGCAGCCAGUACGGAAUGCAACAGUGUUUGCUUUGGAGACCAUACUCAGCCUUGUGGUGGGGAUGGCAGAGUCAUUCUUUUUGACACCCUUAUUGGAGCCUGUGGAGGGAAUUACACUUCUGCUACAGCUGUGAUCUAUUCCCCAGAUUUUCCUGACACAUACGGCACAGGGAAAGCCUGUUACUGGACCAUACAAGUUCCAGGAGCAUCACAAAUCCACUUCAGCUUUGCCCUCUUUGAAAUCAAAGAUGCUACAGACAUGGUGGAAUUGCUGGAUGGCUAUACCUACCACGUUCUAGCUCGUUUUAAUGGCAAGAACCGACCUCCCCGCACCUUCAACAUCUCUUUGGAUUUUGUCAUUUUGUACUUUUUCUCCGAUGAAAUCAAUCAAGCCCAGGGAUUUGCUAUCAGAUAUAGAG